AUGUACGCGGGGCUCCUGGGACUCUCUGCCCUGCUGCAAGCGGCCGAGCAAAGUGCGCGUCUCUGCACGAUUGUUUACCAUUUCUCCACAGGUCACCUCCUCUGGGGGUGGCUGGCCCUUUCUCUUCUCCUGCCCGGCAUCCUGGUCCAGGCCCUGAGCUAUCUGUGGUUCCGCGCAGAUGGGCAUCAGGGUCACUGGUGGCUGGUGUCGCUGCAUCUCCUGCAGCUUGGCGUCUGGAAGCGGCACUGGGACUCUGUGGCAGCCGCUCUGUGGAAAGGAAGGGAGGCUCCCUGCUCGGGACAGCUGCACCUGCAGGAGGCUGACCUGUCGGCGCUCCGGCUCCUGGAGGCUCUGCUCCAGACAGGGCCCCACCUGCUGCUCCAGGUGUAUGUGUUCCUAGCCUCUGACUUCACAGAUGUUGUGCCAGGGAUCAGUGCCUUACUUUCCUGGUCGUCACUGUCCUGGGCCCUUGUGUCAUACAGCCAUUUCCUGGGCGUCAUGAAGCCAGGCCACCGCAGGAUGCUAUGGGCUGCCCUCCUGUGCCAGCACUUCUGGAGGAUGGGCAUGUUGGGAGCCCGUGUGCUGAGCCUGGUUCUGUUCUGCAGGGUUUACCGUGUUUGGGUCUUAGUGGUUGGAGGUGCUCAUUGGCUGGUGAUGUCCUUCUGGCUCGUAGCCCAGCAAAGCGACAUUGUGGAGAGCACCUGCCACUGGAGGCUCUUCAACCUGCUGGUGGGGGCCGUGUACAUCCUCUGCUAUAUCAACUUCUGGGACAGCCCUUCCAGGAGCAGGAUGGCCAGCUUCUACUUGGUCAUGCUGCUGGAGAACUCCAUCCUCUUGCUAUUGGCCACUGACUUCCUGCAGGGGGCACCACGGACCAGCCUAUGGACUGUGGCGGGAGUCUCGUCUGGAUUUCUGAUUGGCAGUGUCUCGCUGGUUCUUUAUUAUACCUUGCUACAUCCAAAAGCUUCAGACAUCCAGCAGAGCCUCCAGAGGAGAUGUUGUGGCCCCAUAGAGAAUGACAAAGCUGAAUCAGAGGCUUCUCCCAGGGCCGUGGUUCCAACAGGGGAGAGAUCAGAGAGCUCAGGCUGGUGCCAAGAGGAAAGCUAUGAGCUAACCAGUCUAGAUAAGGCCUCCAGCCCAGAGCAGAGUACAACAGAGGUAGGGCUGGGGAAUCGGAGAUCCGGGGAGUAUUCCUUCUUUAGCCACCACCACUGGCUGUUGGUGAAACUUGCUCUCAAGACAGGAAGUGUAUCUAAGAUCAACGCAGUCCUUGGAGGUGACAGCCGUGGCUACUCCUGUUCCCCUGUAUUGGGGUCGAGUCAACACUGUAAUCUGCAGAGGAAGCCCCUGUUUUCCCAGAAAGAUCUCCCAUCCUCUCCUUGUGACCCUUUGACCUUGGAGAAAGGCUCUGAGUUCGCAGGUGCUCCGAAAGCAGAGAUGGAGUCACUGGAAACUUCAAGUUUUGUCUCCUUUGCCAGCGAGCAUGAGGACAACUCAACCACCCAGAAACCACCAGCUCCACAGGAGGAAGACAACCCGAAGGAUGGGACUGAGGCUGACCUGGAAGCCCAGGGGAAGGAUGCGGAUGGGCCUCUGAAAGGGGAGGAAGGACAGGCAAGCACAACACUGUACUUCAGUGCCACCAUGGAAAGGACCACGCCCUCCUACCAAAAAGGCAGCCCAGUGGCCAUGCAGGCAUCCCACUCCGGGACACUGAGAGAGAGCAGGCCUGUGCAGCCUGCUUCGCCCCGGGCAGUCACUAAGCCCUUUCCUGUCACCAUGGCCAACAUUAGUCCCAUUCCUGGCAGAAACUUCUGCCCCAGUGCAGGCCUCCCUGGGCGAGCCCCAGAUAGCUCAGAGUGUGAGGAGUGGAGGGAGCCUGCCAAGGACCUAAGUACACAGAGGUUAUUGCCAGGGACAAGCCUGAGACCUGCUGAAGAGCCACGAUUCACAUCGACCCCUAAGUCUGAGUCUAUCCAGAGGGACCAUAGCUGCAGAGACAGGAGGAAACAGGAAGCGAGUUUCUUCAUCUGA